AUGUUUGCAGAACAAAAGAAAAACGAAUUAGAUCUUUCUCAACAAUAUAACCUAUAUAAACAAUCUUUACAGCAGUUAGCGCAAAAAAUAGUUGAUUUGGAAGUUGAAUCUAACGAACAUACAUUAGUAAUUGAAACUCUUAUGAAUCAUCCUUCUGAAAGAAAGUGUUUUCAAAUGAUUGGUGGUGUUUUAGUGGAGAAGAAUGUAAAGGAAGUUCUUCCUUCUUUAAAAACAAAUCAAGAAGGAAUAAAAUCCAUGAUAGAUCAACUUUCGAAACAAUAUAAAUCCCAAGAAGAACAAUUCACUAAAUGGCAAAAAGAUAAUAAUAUUAAAAUAAUCCAGUGAUAAAUAAAACAUUGUUAAAUGUGAAAAUAAUGCAAUAAUAUUUUUAUAAGAUUAUAAGUUAAAGAUUUCUUAAACUACAAAAAAUAUCAAAAUUAUAAUAAUCCAUAUGAUGAUAAUAUAAACA